AUGGUUCAACUCACGAAAACAAAAGAGGUUCCUGAGAAGCUUAAAGUCGGAGUAUUAGCACUUCAAGGUGCAUUCAUCGAACAUAUACACAUUCUUCAGCGACUCCCACAAGUUUCUCUAGCAAUUCCGGUACGAAAUACUGAUCAACUCUCGUUAGUUGACGCGUUGAUAAUACCUGGAGGCGAGUCUACAACAAUUGCGCUCGUGGCUGAACGAUCAGGUUUAUUAGAACCGUUACGGGAAUUCGUUAGAAGUAAACCUACAUGGGGCACAUGUGCUGGAAUGAUUCUGUUGGCGAAUGAAGUUACGCAGGUCAAAGAGGGAGGACAAAAGUUGCUUGGUGGGCUGGAUAUUACAGUUACUAGAAAUAAGUUCGGGAGCCAGAUUGAUUCAUUUGAGGCUCCUCUUCACAUACAACACGUAACAACAAAAGCCGAAAAUGACGACGAUAUUUACAGUCUUUUUCCGGCAGUUUUUAUUCGUGCGCCAGUCAUAAGUCAAAUUAAUUCACCAGACGUGAAAGUGAUUGCUCGACUUGAACAUUCAAUUGGCGACACUGACGCUUCGACUAUAGUUGCUGUACGUCAAGACCACUUACUUGCCACCGCUUUUCACCCCGAAUUGACUAAAGACGAUCGAAUGCAUCAGUAUUUUGUUAAUUUGGCUCUGGAAUCACUUGGAAAACGGCGAAAAGUGGCGUAG